AUGCAGCAGCCUCCACAGACUGUUCCAGCAGGAGCGGCAGCUCCACCUCCUGCAGGCAUUGCUCGGAACAUGUACUGGAGAAACAGCUCACUCAGUAAACGAGCAAAUGCAGCAGCUGCCCCAGUGCAGCCUGUGACAGACCCUUUUGCAUUUGGCAGACAGACUCCACAGGGUCCCCCUUUAGAUAAUCCAUCCAAGGGCAAUGCGUUGGUUAUGCAAAGUUCUUCCCCAGCGGUGUUCCCACAGCCGGCUGUUAUGCAUACUUCACCAUCACGUGCAGGGGACAAUCCUCAUGGACCGCAUAUGUCUUUAUCAGCUCCUGUAUCUCAACCAGGAAUAAAUAUCAGUACGUUUUCUAAUGUUCCGAUUCCUUCACCGUCCCCAGGAUAUGUUACAAGUAGUUCUACAGAAGUGCAUCCAAAUGCAGAUCUUGGGCUCCGUGGGCCUGCAGUACCGUUGCAUUACAAUACAGGAGCAGAAAAUUCUUUCAGUGUGCAUCCUGGAAUGGUGUCUGCGUCAAACCAACCAGGAGGUAGACAAGAUGUUAGCAGAGAUCCAAAUGAUGUUCCUCCAGGACCCAACGCAACAGCACUCUUCCCUCCACCUCCCCAGCAGCCUGUGUCUCAGUGGAGGCCUGUUCAAGGUAACCUGCAGUCUCCAGUUCGAAAUUUUGUGCCCUAUCCUGAGCCGUCUUCUCAGAGUGACGUUCAUAACAUUUCUCAGUCUUCUGUUAGCACUUCUCAUCCUCCUCCACAGGCAAAUUUACAGCAGGGUCCUGUACACCAAGGUAUUCCACAAAAUAUCGUGCAAGCGCCUUUAUCUGUUGGUUGUGAAAAGAAUGGGAAAAAUAGCUCUGCAAAUAGCAUUCAUCACAUGAACAGCAUCCAGCCUGGAAAUGUGUUUAGGCAGAACGCAGAAACGACUAAUGCUUGGUUAAGUCAACCGUAUCAGGAACAGUUUUACCCACAGCCACCGUUGCAAGACUCCAGUUUUGUUGUUCCCACAGCUCAGGAAAAUAACCCCCAAAACCAGUCUCCACUUAUGUCUGAAACAUCAAACAGACCUAUUCCCGCAGAUCAAGAUCCAGGAACUCUCUCCAUGUUUUUCAAAGGGGAUGAGGCAGAAAAUGAAGAAAUACUCUCAUCUGAAAAAAAUUACAUAGUUGAGAAAACAGAGUUUGGUGCUUGUCAGCCAAGUUCAGCGUCCUUCUAUCACCAGCCAGUGCACCCUCAGCGGGCUGCAAAUAAUGUUCUCUCUCAAGCGCAGAUUGGUACAGGUUCGGUCAACGAGAUGGUACAAAAAGGAAUGGAUACCCCAUACUUUCCUAAAAUUGUAAGUCAGCAGGAGACACAGGCCGCUAAGCACUCCAUGUUUGUUAGCGAUGACAAGGCACGUCUAGGUGAUGCAUCUGGGAGUGGUGGGUCACAGUUUGAAAAUGUUGAGAACCUGGAGUGCAUUCAGAAUCAAGAAGUGCUGCCAGUUGAACCACAGAACAUCAGUGCUUCAUCCCCUGGUGCUGGUCCUGAUCUGUACAGAUAUGGAUCCUUUCCAGGUCAGAUGCUUCCCAAGAAUGCUGUUGUGAGCCAUGCUGAAGGAGGACCAAAUUUGGAAGCACCUGAUUCAUUACCUCAUCCAGUCCGACCAGAUAGUGUGUCUUCAAAUUAUAGCAACAUGAGCCACAGGAGUGCUUCUAGCUCAGCAAGACCUCAAGAGCAAGUUGGUACGUUUAAAAAAGGUAGACCUGAUGAAGAAUCUUCCCUUAGCUUCUUUAAACAGAUCGACUCCUCGCCUUUGGGAGGUGAUUCAAGUGAGCUAAACCUGGGCAAGAACUACCACGGUAAUCUAUCACAGCCUCCAACUCCGAGUCCUCCUAAGCCUACAGGAGUAUUUCAGACAAGUGCAAAUAGUUCUUUUGAACCUGUAAGGUCGCAUGGAGUUGGUAUAAAACCUGCAGAGAUUGACCAAGCAAAGAUGGUGGUUGAAUUAAGAGAGAACCACUCAAACCAAAAGAAUAUCAAGAAGAAUACAGCUGUGCCAGCUGCAUCCCCAGGCAAUCUUGAACAGCCACCAGAUAACCUGGAGACUAUUUUCAUGCCUCAGGUACACCCACUGCCUCUUGCAGUCGCUGGUGAAGCUGGAAAUAUGCUGCACUCUGGACCUGUUAUGGAAAACAUACAAUCAGUAUCUGAGAGAAGGUCCUCAACAAGAGCACAGGGAGCAGUUAAGAAGUGUGAUAGCCCAGCAACAACUUUGUGGGCUCAUAAUGAAUUACCUAAUUUUGGGGGAAAUGUUCUUCUAGCUCCUGCUGCUCCUGCAGUGUACGUACCUGCCAAACAAACUGUAGAAGUCAUUCAGCCACCAGAAGAAGGCCUGUCUAGUCAGCAACCAAGUAAACCAGGUACUAUUGCUGUGCAGCUUUCCCAAGAUGGAAAUAUAUCUUCUGAAAAUCUUGAGAAUCCUCCCAAAAUGGGAGAAGAGGAGGCACUUCAGUCUCAGGCAAGUUCUGGUUAUGCAAGUUUGUUGUCUUCUCCACCUACAGAGUCUUUCCAAAAUCAGCCUAUCCUGAUUGCUCAGCCUAAUCAAAGCUGUAAUUUGUCUCAGCCAAUUAAUUUUUCUAUUUCUCUGUCUAAUCAGCUAAGCAGCAAUGAAAACAAUCAGUCAAUGAAGGACUCUGGGGUUGGGGACAAGCCUGCAAUGGUUCCCCAAACUUCACAUGCUGGUGGGACCAUUUCUGGGGAAAAUGUGCCGUUACCUGUGAUGCAAGUUGGAUCUCUGUUAGUUAAUGCACUUCCAAAUGCUAAUCUGUUAAAACAUAAUUUAUUACAAAGCCCUGUUAAUUCCUCUGAUACUGCUUCUAAUCAGCCUGCAAACUUGCUUAUGAAAACUCCACUUAAUUUGGCUCCAGAAGGACAAAAGAAUGUUAAUAUGGAAGGUUUUGUUCCUGAAUUUGCUAGCAAGCCAGGGUCUAACUCAUCCAUUUCUCCUGGGACGAAUCUUCCCAGUGGAAGUGCAAGUGCACUAGUCCCCCCUGUUAAUUCUGUAGUACAGGCUAAUAAUUCUGCAAAUCAUUCAAAUAACAAAGAAGAAGCAGCUGGAGUGCUUGACUUCACAGUAUCGCGGACGUUGGAGAAAAGCAGUGCAAGUAAUUCUGUACAAGUGCAUAAUCAGUCACUUUCUGGUUGUCCAGUGUAUCCUCAACAGUCAGCUGGUGGUGCUGGUCAGGGUAGUCCUGAGAUGCGUGACAAACAGCAUUUCUAUCAACAGGUGACAAAAGAUGUACAGCAUCAGGCUGUAUCAGACAGAGCUGUGCAGGGACCAUUGCCUUCUCAAACACAAAUUCCAGCAGCUCAAAUGCAGCAACCAGCAUCCUCUGGGCAGUCCUUGAUUCCUUCAAACUACCAGAUUGCCACAGGGACUAAAGCCACGCAGGCAUCACAGCAGCACGAGAACCAGGUGCUGAGUAACCAUCCUCAACCCGUGGGUCCCCAAGAGGCAAGUUCAGCACAGCUGACAACAAGAUACGAUCAGACGAGUCCUGAUAAACAACAAGCAUCUGGACAGCCAUCGGGUGCUCCAGCUUCCACAGCUCCUGCCACCACCAGUCAGUCAGUCAUGCCAAAUGUGCAACAAGACCUGCAACAUCCAUCCCUGCCUCAGACUCCCCAAGAUGCAUUUGGUCCACCCCAGAACCCUUACUACUACUACAGACAUCCUUACGAUGCUUACCAGCCUCCCUAUCCACCUUACCCUCCUGCAGACCCCAGAGCAGCAGCUCAUCUUUAUUACAUGGAGGAUAGCUAUGGACAGUAUGACCCACGGUACAGACACUAUGAUAGCACCAGCACUGCUUAUAUGGAGCCUGGGAGCUAUCGGUAUUCUGAGCCUGAACGUCCUAGUUCCAGAGCUAGUCACUGCUCGGACAGGCCGCCUUCUAGGCAAGGGUAUGCUGAAGAUUAUUAUACAAAAAGUGGAUGGAGUGAUUAUUAUCCAGGCUACUACCCAAACUCAUAUGAUUAUGGAGAUCCAAGUCGCUGGGAACGUUACUCAUCAGCAUAUGACCCCAGAUACAGAGAUCCUAGAAGUUAUGAUCAGAGGUAUUGGUAUGAUGCUGAACGCAACCCUUACUCAUAUGGCAACAGACAUGACCGAUAUGAAGAUAACUGGAGAUACGAUCCUCGUUUUACUGGAAGUUUUGAUGAUGAAUCUGAACCCCAUAGAGAUCCUUACGGUGAUGAGUUUGAUAGACGCAGUGUCCAUAGUGAGCAUUCUGGUCAUAGUCUCCGUAGCUCCCGCAGUGUUCACAGUCACCAGAGCAGCUUCAGCUCUCGCUCUCAACAAAGCCAGCUGUAUAGAAGUAAUCAUGAUCUAACGGUUAAUGCGUACGAAACUACUGCGCAGGCAGUGUCGCUCCACACAGAUUAUCCAUAUGGCGGAUAUGCUGCUAACUUUGAUGGACAACAGCCUUUUGCAGAUUAUGGCUACCCGACAGAAGCUGGAUGGUCGGCUGUAGAUCAAGGACCUUUAAGGCCCUCAACACCUGAGAAGUUUUCAGUGCCUCAUAUUUGUGCUAGGUUUGGUCCUGGUGGCUUCCUAAUAAAAGUGCUGCCAAACCUGCCUUCAGAAGGACAGCCAGCUCUGGUUGAAAUACACAGUAUGGAGACUAUGUUACAACAUUCUCCCGAGCAAGAAGAGAUGAGAGCAUUUCCUGGUCCUCUUGCUAAGGACGACACCCAUAAAGUGGAUGUUAUUAAUUUUGCACAAAAUAAAGCUACACAGUGCUUUAAGAAUGAAAAUUUAAUUGACAAAGAAUCUGCAAGUCUGCUUUGGGACUUUAUUGUACUGUUGUGUAGGCAGAAUGGGACUGUUGUGGGAACAGACCUGGCUGAACUUUUGCUCCGAGAUCAUAAAACAGUGUGGCUUCCUGGGAAGUCCCCUAAUGAGGCAAAUUUGAUUGAUUUCACUAAUGAGGCUUUGGAACAAGUGGAAGAGGAAUCUGGUGAAGCCCAACUCUCAUUUCUCACUGAUAGUCUUAUAACCACAAUUGACAGUCUUGAGAAAGAGACAGAGAGAUUCAGAGAGUUGCUGCUCUAUGGCCGCAAGAAGGAUGCUUUGGAGUCUGCCAUGAAGCAUGGUUUAUGGGGUCAUGCUCUGCUACUUGCCAGCAAAAUGGACAGCAGGACACAUGCAAGAGUUAUGACCAGAUUUGCCAACAGUCUCCCCAUUAAUGACCCUCUGCAGACUGUUUACCAGCUCAUGUCUGGAAGGAUGCCAGCUGCAUCCACGUGCUGUGGAGAUGAGAAAUGGGGAGACUGGAGGCCUCACCUAGCGAUGGUGUUAUCCAACUUGACCAAUAAUGUGGACUUGGAAUCCAGGACCAUUGCUACCAUGGGAGACACUCUUGCUUCUAAAGGUCUGCUGGAUGCUGCUCAUUUUUGUUACCUUAUGGCCCAAGUUGGUUUUGGUGUUUACACAAGGAAGACAACAAAGCUUGUCCUAAUUGGAUCAAAUCAUAGCUUGCCAUUUUUUAAGUUUGCCACCAAUGAAGCCAUUCAAAGAACAGAAGCCUAUGAAUAUGCACAGUCGUUAGGAAGUCAGCCUGGCUGCUUGCCCAAUUUCCAGGUUUUCAAAUUCAUCUAUGCUUGCCGACUAGCUGAAAUGGGACUUGCUGCUCAGGCUUUCCAUUAUUGUGAAGUGAUUUCCAGAACUGUCCUUAAAGAUCCACAUUACUAUUCACCUGUACUUAUUGGCCAGCUGAUCCAGAUGUCAUCGCAACUACACCUGUUUGACCCACAGAUAAAAGAAAAACCAGAACAGGAAUCUUUUAUUGAACCUUCAUGGUUAGUAAGGCUUCGACACGUGGAUGGACAGAUCAAGGAGGGUGCAAUAGCUUAUAACACAGACAGAUCCACCCCACCACCAUAUGCAUGUAGUACACCAAGCUCUGAAUUAGACCAUGCUAGUCAAUGUGAUGGAGCAGGAGUUGGCCGUGACAUGGGUCCAGGUGCUGAAAAUGCAUUGUUAGCAUCCUUAUUACCCAAUAUGGCUCAACAGAUGCAAAGUGUGCAGCUGAUGCCUUCAGUACCUCAGGCUGUCCUUGAUGGGUCAGCUGCUAUGAUUCCUCCUGGUGACCAGGAACCAGUCCGAAGUGUCCCUUUCUAUUCUGUGGCUUCUCAGCCUAGUGGUCCAGGACCUGGCUUUGCACCUCCAGGAUUUUCAAAUCCAUAUGGAACUGAACCAUCACCACUGUAUUUAGGGUCAACACUACCGCCAGGAGGGCCACCACAAGAAAUUGAACCACGGUCAGAAGAGCAGACAAACCUGGAAACAGGAAUGCAGAGAAUUGGCCCGGAUUCUCCUUCACAAAACUCCUUCCCUGAACAGAGAGAGGAGGAUUUCUAUGGCAGAAUGGCUAGCAUGGGCUAUGGGCGAAGAUCCCGAACAACUUCAGAGUCCUCUGCUCAUUCUGUGGGACGAGAGAGAUCCAACUCUGCAGCAAAACAACCCUCUCCUUCUCCCCCUGUCAAAAAAACUAAAAAAGAAGUAAAAAAGGAGCCAGCACCUAGAAAGAGUGGUGCAACCUGGUUCCGCUGGCUGAUGGGAAAAGGAAAGAAUGAAGCUCACCUUCCAGAUGACAAGAACAAAUCAAUUGUUUGGGAUGAACAGAAACAACGCUGGGUUAAUCUGGAUGAACCAGAAGAAGAGAGUAAGCCUCCCCCACCACCUCCAACAGGAUUUCCUAAAGUUCCUCAGGCUGUUCCACCUGGGCCUGGAGGUCCACCUGGUGCCCCUGUGAACAUGUUCUCCAGAAGAGCAGCUGGGAGCAGAGCCCGUUAUGUUGAUGUCCUGAAUCCAGGUGGAACCAAGUCAAGCGGUGCUGUUCCUGCACCAUCAGACCUAUUUGCCCCCUUGGCACCAAUGCCAAUUCCUGCAAAUGUGUUUGUUCCAAACUCAGUUCCAGGGGAACCCCAGCCCAUGGAAGGGAGUGGUGCAGCAGAGCACACACCAGCUGCGAAUCAAACCAACACAGAUCCUGCUGCAGCUAAAAAAAAAAAGUAUUUAAACCCUGCGAUCCCCCCUGGGUCUGGACUUCCCGUUUCUAACCCUGAUGGCUCCCAAUCAGGAGAGCUUUCGCGCUCUAGUUCAAUGAGUUCAUUAUCACGUGAAGUAAGCCAGCAUUUUAAUCAGCCUGCCGCUGUGCCGCCUUUGGGGGGACCUGCAGCAGGAACUGUACCGUUCUACAAUCCUUCUCAAUUUGCACAAUCUCCUGCAGUCACUGGAAGUUCAAGACUGGGAAGAAUUGGACAGAGGAAGUAUCCAGCAUUGAAGUAG